AUGAUUGACAGCUAUGUGAGAAUCAUCCCAAGUAGAAGCUUUGCAGAGAAAGGAUGUGGGCUGACAGAUGGGCAGCGGAUGCCCCAGACAGAGGGCAGCUCUGUCCUCCAAGAGGUGCUGAUCUUGACAAGCUCUUUAAAAUUCAGUCUUAUUCUAAUUCUGUUGAUUUCUACAAUGCCUGUGUUCUGGUGUUAUCCGGUUCUGUCUCCUAAGGGGUCUGGAAAAUCUGACUACUUUCUCAUCCUGCUGAACAGCCGCCCAACCAGGAUGGACAGGAGCGAGACACUAGAUUUUCUACAGCCUGUGUUGGAGAAGGUGUCUGUGAAAAGGUCCUUCCGCAACGGAGUUGGCACAGGGAUGAAAAAAACUUCCUUUCGAAGAGCAAAAACAUGA